CUUGGCCACCCAAUUUUAGAGCGGAAGUGAAGGCGGGAGUUUUGUAACGCUCGCAGAAGAAGUGUUCAUUCAGCAGUGAAUUCACUUGAAAUUAACUUGUUUUUAGACGUAAGAUGAUCGCAGGCGUGAAACGGGAGAGGGACGUCGAUGGAGACGAAGAGGAAGAGGUGCGUGUGAAAGUCAGUCGUGGCGUUGAAGAUCGAAGAAGCCGCCAUUGUCCAUAUCUGGACACAAUCAACAGGAGUGUUUUGGAUUUUGACUUUGAGAAGCUUUGUUCAAUCUCUCUUUCACAUAUUAAUGUCUACGCCUGUCUGAUCUGUGGGAAAUAUUUCCAAGGUCGAGGUCAGAAGUCUCACGCGUACAUCCACAGCGUUCAGUUCGCACACCAUGUUUUCCUGAAUCUCCACACGUUAAAGUUUUACUGCCUGCCGGACAAUUAUGAGAUCAUUGACUCCUCGUUAGAGGACAUUACGUAUGUGCUGAAACCCACAUUCACCAAACAGCAUAUCGCUGGCUUGGAUAAGCAUGGAAAGCUGUACAGAGCCUACGAUGGCACGACCUAUCUGCCAGGCAUUGUGGGUCUGAAUAAUAUCAAGGCCAAUGACUAUGCUAAUGUGGUUUUGCAGGCUUUGUCAAACGUGCCGCCUCUGCGGAACUACUUCCUCGAGGAGGAGAACUAUCGCAGAAUCCGCCGGCCGCCGGGUGACAUCAUGUUUCUGUUGGUGCAGCGCUUUGGGGAGCUCAUGCGCAAGCUCUGGAACCCGCGUAACUUCAAAGCCCACGUGUCGCCGCAUGAAAUGUUGCAGGCGGUGGUGUUAUGCAGUAAAAAGACCUUUCAGAUCACUAAACAAGGGGACGCUGUUGACUUUCUGUCCUGGUUUCUGAAUGCAUUGCACGGCGCUCUUGGUGGGACAAAGAAGAAAUCAUCCAUCCUCACCAAGGUGUUUCAGGGGUCCAUGCGAAUCUUCUCAAAGAAGCUUCCCCAUCCAGAUUUGCCUGCAGAAGAGAAAGAAGCCCUUCUCCUUAAGGACGAGUACCAAGAGAAGAUGUCCGAGUCCACCUUCCUGUACCUGACGCUGGAUCUGCCCACCGCACCCCUCUACAAAGAUGAGAAGGAGCAGCUCAUCAUUCCUCAGGUUCCUCUCUUCAACAUCCUGGCCAAGUUCAACGGAAACAAUGAGAAGGAGUACAAGACGUACAAAGAGAACUUUCUGAAAAGGUUCCAGCUCACCAAACUUCCUCCGUACCUCAUCUUCUGCAUCAAGCGAUUCACCAAGAACAACUUCUUUGUGGAGAAGAACCCAACUAUUGUCAACUUCCCCAUCACGAACGUUGAUUUGCGCGAGUACCUGACAGAAGAGGCGCAGGUUACAGAGAAGAUCACCACCUACGACCUGGUGGCCAAUGUAGUUCACGAUGGAAAACCCACGGAAGGAUCCUACAGAAUUCAUGUUCUGCAUCAUGGCACGGGGAAGUGGUACGAGCUUCAAGACCUGCAGGUGAUUGAUAUCCUUCCACAGAUGAUCACGCUCUCAGAGGCAUACAUACAGAUUUGGAAGAGACAAGAUAAAGACGAUGGAGCAGAAAACCAUACUGGGGCGUAGGAGGCC